AUGGGUUGCUGUCAAUCUAAUGAAGUGCACGAUGGCAAAGCUCGUAAUGAAGAAAUCGACAACCAAAUCAAGCGAGACAAACUAAACAUGAGAAAUGAGGUCAAAAUGUUACUGUUAGGUGCUGGUGAAUCUGGUAAAUCAACAAUUUUAAAGCAAAUGAAACUGAUCCAUGAUGGUGGUUAUUCUCGUGACGAAAGAGAGGCCUUCAAGGAAAUCAUCUUUUCCAACACAGUGCAGUCCAUGCGAGUCAUUUUAGAAGCCAUGGAGAACAUGGGCGUAUCGUAUGCCACAUCGCAAAACAGACUUCAUUCGACAGUGAUCCUCGAUUUGCCAUCACAGAUUGAACGCGAUUCGCUGCCUCCUGAAGUAACUCUUGCAUUGAAAUCGCUGUGGAAAGAUGAAAAUCUCUUGAGUGUGUUUGAUAGAAGCCGUGAAUAUCAAUUGAAUGACUCAGCCAAAUACUACUUUGAUUCAAUCGAUCGCAUUGGCGACAUCAACUACAUUCCAACAGAUCAAGACGUCCUGCGCUCUCGAGUCAAGACAACAGGUAUCACCGAGACCACAUUUGUUAUUGGCGAUCUUACGUAUCGCAUGUUUGAUGUGGGUGGCCAGCGAUCAGAGCGUAAAAAGUGGAUACAUUGCUUUGAGAAUGUGACAGCCAUCAUCUUCCUGGUUGCCAUCUCUGAAUACGACCAAGUGCUUAUUGAGGAUGAAACGGUGAACCGCAUGCAAGAAGCACUGACUCUGUUUGACUCUAUCUGCAAUUCUCGAUGGUUCAUCAAGACUUCCAUCAUCUUGUUCUUGAACAAAAUUGACAUUUUUAAAGAAAAGUUACCCAAACACCCUCUCAAAGAAAGCUUUAGCGAUUUCGAAGGACCCGAGAGCUAUGAAACUGCUAGCGAUUAUAUACUAAACCGAUUUGUGUCAUUGAAUCAGUCAGAUUCCAAACAAAUCUACACUCAUUUCACAUGUGCAACCGAUACUCAACAGAUCAAAUUUGUGAUGGCAGCGGUCAAUGACAUUAUCAUUCAGAACAACCUGCGUGAUGUUGGUCUCUUAUAA